AUGACAAACAUGUUCGAUGAGAAAUAUAUUUUUGGGAAUUAUUUUGUUAUUGGAGAAAGGAUCAAAAGAGGAGUAUGCGGAAUAACCAAUAGUAAAUGCCCCCGAUGCUCGAUAGAAGAUGAGACAUGGGAACAUAUUUGGACAUGUGUUUCAAAUAAUGCUAUGACAGAAAUGAACAUUUUUAAUAAUAGUAUUAAUCAAAUUUUAUUGGAUAAUCAAGACAUGUUGGACAAAGAUAUACCAUGUAAAGAAUUUACAAACACAUUGUUAAGUAUAGCUUCAAGUCGCUCUUUUAUAAUGACAACUGAAGGUAUAAUUAGAGAAGUAACAAGAGGUUUAAUCAAUGAGAAAUGGUUAACUACUUAUAAAAAAAAUAAAGAACGAAAACUCGUUUUAUUGAUUCUUAACGAGUAUUUAAGUGAGGUUCAUAAACAGAUUUGGAUAGAGCGCUGCAAUGAGACAAUUGAAUUGGAGAAACAAAUGGGUGUUUUCAAAGAUACUAAACGAAAAAGGAACAAAAGUAAUGACGAUGGAAAACUACUAGAUUUGGAGAAAUCAGAAAAUACUAAAAACAGUAAAAAAAUUAAAAAAUUAGUAAAAAUAGACUUAGAAGAACAAACAAAAAAUGACGUAUUUAGAUUAGGAGAUCAUAAUAGAUUUAAAAUAGCUAGUCAAGUAAUUAGUAAUUUAGUAAAUACUUAGUUUAUGAGAAUAUAUCGUGAAUAGCACGCUGGUUACGAUAGUUUACACUUUAGAAAUUAUUCUAAAGUUU